UCUCUGGCCUACAUCAACAAGAAAAGGGCCGAGGUGAUCAGGCUGCAGAAGCUGAAGCUUGCUGAACUGAGGCAGGAGUGUGAGGCCCGAGGUCUGGACACCAAGGGGAACAAAGGAGAGCUCAUCGCCCGACUGCAAGCCUAUCUGGAGGAGCACGAGGAAGAUGUGGAUGUAGACGACGUGCUGGCAGAGGAUACAGAGGACUUCACUAAGGUUGAAAGUGCCAAUAAUGUAAAAGUCGACAAGGAUUCUGAAUCUGCUGAGGACGAGACGCUUGCUGAAAAGAAGGUGGUGAAAAUAACUCCUCCAACUUCUGCCAGUGAAAGACUACAGAAGAGAGCUGAACGCUUCAACCUGCCGGCAACAGCUGAAAGCAAAAAGGCCAUACGUGCAGCGAGGUUCGGCUCUCCGGCCGAUGCUUCCAGUCCCGCUCCAGGUGCUGUUGCAAACAGUAAAGCUGCCGUGAACGUCGAUCAGCUGAAGAAAAGAGCAGAACGAUUUGGCAUGAACGUUUCAUCCGUUUCACAAAAGAUUGAGGAGGAUGAAAAGCUGAAAAAGAGGAAGGAGAGGUUCGGGGCCUUAACGAGUGCAGGUUCUGCAGGAGCAGCUGACGUCGAGGCAAAGAAAAUGAAGCGUGCUGAACGAUUUGGAAAUGUGUGAAUGGCGUUUUGUUUUUGUGUUUUGUUUUUUUUGUAAAACAAUCUCAUGACUGCACAACGGAGGUUCCCGACGACGACGACAAACUUCACCAAUGGGAUUCCUGUGAAUCAAAGGUAUAAUUAAAUACACGGAUAAAUAGGUGAGUUAGAUCCACCAACUAGAAAAGGUCCUUUUUAAAUUUAACCCUCUGAUUUAUUAUUUACUGCAGCACUGUUUUCUCAAACAUGUUAUAUUUCAUCUGCCUCACUUUAUAUAGGAAUCAGAGGUGUGUUUUAUAAAGUGCAUAGGCCGUAUUAUCCCCUACGUACGAGCAUUUUGUUUUCUUGUCCCCCUUUCCUAAAUUUGCUGUUCUUCUAACAGAUAUGACCCUCACUGUUUUCUCAAAACUGUGAUGAAGCUCCUUUUUUUUUUAAUCAAACACAUUCAGCCCACAGUGGUCAGUCCAACAGCUCCUGCAGCUGCUUCACAGUAAAAGUCGUCCAGUUGUCUCAGGUGAUGUGAUUUUGAAGUGAAAUGCAUAAAACCACCUGAAAAUUUCAAAGAUUAAAUCAAGUGCUUUUACUUUGAAGAAGCUGCAGGAUGUUGUCUAUUUGGGGCUUUUCCUUUUUGUAAGUGUGUUUUGAUGAAUAAACGAUUACAGUUAUGACGCAG